AUGAAUGGUCAAGAGGAGGGUGCUGAGCCGGGACCAUCAAAAAGCAAACCAUCCGCAAGCUCAGCAUCAACGAUAAAUGGAUCAUCUCGGAAGUUAUCUCGUACUGCGAAGCAACAAAAAGGCCGCAGUAUGCGUCUCCAAAAAGCAGCUGAGAAACGUGCUCGACAAGAUGCUAGACGUAAACUGCGCGAGAAGCUGGCUGAUGCGGCACCACCGAAACAACAACCGAAAACGAUUGAAAGCACUCGGGAAUAUGAUAUGACCAUGGUUGAAGCUGAUGAUGAAGAGAUCUUGAAUGAUGAAGCAAACGAUGAGAUGAGUUCAUAUUUCAAUCGGGAAACGUCACCGAAGGUUCUUAUUACGACAUCACCAUACGCGAAAGUGAACACGUUCAAAUUUUGUUACGAACUUCAAAAAUGUAUACCGGAUGCGGAAGUGUACACAAGGAAAGGUGUGGCGUUGAAGAAGGUUGUGAAACAAGCGAAACAGAAAGAUUAUACAGACUUAAUUGUUGUGCACGAAGAUCGCAAAAUACCGAGUUNUUGUUUUCUGAUUUUUGUUUACACUUGUGAUACGAUAUUGCUCAAAUUGAGUGAUAAUAAAUACAGUGAUUACCUUUUUUCAGAUGGUAUCGUAUUGUGCCACUUACCUGAUGGACCAACCGCAUUCUUUAGGAUUAACAGUCUCAAAUUUACAAAAGACCUCAAGAGAAAAGGCGAAACAACGGAUCAUAAUCCAGAGGUGAUUUUGAACAAUUUCAACACUCGGUUAGGACAUACAGUGGCGAGAAUGUUUGCGUGUUUAUUUCCACAUCAGCCGGCAUUCACAGGACGACGUGUGGUCACAUUCCAUAAUCAACGAGAUUACAUCUUCUUUAGGCACCACAGAUAUGAAUUCAAACGCGAAGGUGAGAAAGCCGCUCUGCUGGAGCUCGGUCCACGCUUCACACUUCGACUCAAAUGGCUACAGAAAGGAACGUUCGACUCACGUUGCGGAGAAUAUGAAUGGGUUUUGAAGAGACACGAAAUGGAGACGAGUCGGAGGCGUUUCUUCUUAUAG